AUGCGAGAUGAUACUAUCCAUGAAACCCCACAUGUGAAGGAGGCCAUUCAACGGCUUCCAGAGCCAGUCUACAACCAUCGAAUGUUCCGCAUAAAGAGGGCCUUUGAUCUCUGCUUGAAGCAUCAAAUUCUUCCCAAGGACCAGUGGACAAAAUUUGAGAAAGAUGUGCCAUACCUUAGGCCCUACUUGAAAGAGGUUAUUCGUGAAAGAAAAGAAAGGGAAGAGUGGCAGAAGAAAUAG